CGUUGUUAUCUUAUCGGCGCAACCGUAGUAAGAUCAAUAAAUUAAUCGCACACCAAAGGGUGGCGAAGGAGAGAUCGAUAAUGAAGUUCAGCCGUUCCCGUUACCGGAUCGAAGUGUUGUGCAAACUAAAAGGGAAAUCCAGUACAGAGGCCACCAUUCCGCAACGCGGACGUUCCUUGCGUUGACUGUUGAGCGGAGUGUUGCAUGUGUGUUGCGUGAUAAGGACGACAAGAUCUACGGAAGUGUUUCGGAAGUCGAACGUACGAAGCUUAUCAAUAACCGAUAAUGCCGGACAUUAGGCCACUGUCUGCCGAGUUGGCAAAGAAGGCGGCGGACGAGCUGUUCGAGAAGCCGGAACGCAUCGAUGAGGAUUUGGCCGCGUUGCGGGCCUGGUUGGCCAAGAGCCCGUACAUCAAAUCUCGUACCGAUGAUCAAUUUCUGACGAUGUUCCUGCGCGGUUCCAAGCACAGUCUCGAGCGGGCCAAGGAAAAGCUGGACAUGUACUACACGGUACGGACGGCUCUGCCAGAGCUGAUGCGGAACCGUGACCCGGAGGAAACGAAGAUGAUGGAGCUGAUCAAGCUGGGUGCGGCCGUACCACUGCCAAACACGGUAACACCGGACGGACCGCGAAUUAUUCUGGUGCGCCCAGGUACGUACGAUCCGAGCAAGUACACCAUCCAGGAGGUGUUCCGGUACAACACCAUGAUGGCUGAUAUUAUGAUGAAGGAGGAUGACAAUCUGAUUGUCGCUGGGCAGAUGGGCAUUCUGGAUCUUUCCAACUGCACCAUGGCCCAUUUCCUGCAGUUCAGUCCUACGUUCGUGAAGAAAGCCACCAUGUGGAGUCAGGAAGGUUCGCCGCUACGUCAAAAGGGUUUCCACUACGUCAACACGCCCAGCGGCUUCGAAAUGGUGUACAAUAUGUUCAAGAGCUUCCUCAAUGAGAAAAACCGUUCUCGGUUGUUUGUCCACGGAAGCAAUCUGGAGUCACUGUACGAACACAUACCGAAGAGCAUGUUACCAGCAGAAUACGGCGGUGACGCUGGCCCGAUUCAGACGAUCGUAGAUAACUGGGCUAAGAAGAUAAUCUCCUACAAGGAGUACUUCAAGGAGGAGGAUCUGUACGGUACGGAAGAAAAGAAGCGCCCGGGACGGCCGAAGAACGCGGACAAUCUGUUUGGACUGGAGGGCUCGUUCCGUAAACUUGAGGUUGUGAGCAAGGUGCGUUCGGAGCUUAUCACUUGUAGGAAGUGGAGAUAUCCCAUCCGUAGUGGGUACUGGUCGUUGCGACCUAGCUGCAAGCUGUCAGUAGCGAACCACCAUCGUUGGGAGCUGCAAGGCCGCGUGUGUGUAUGCGUGUGUGUGUUUAGUGGUUGUGUGACGCUGACCAUGGUGAAUCUACGGCCAAUAUCUGCGUCACUGCACGAAAAGGCAAAGCGCGAACUGAACGAAAAACCCGAACGAAUCGAUGAGGAUCUCGCUGCACUGAGACAAUGGUUGGCCCGGACACCUCACAUCCGCUCGCGGAUAGACGACCAAUUUCUGGUGACGUUUCUGCGCGGCUGCAAGUACAGUCUCGAGCGGGCAAAGGAAAAGAUCGACAUGUUCUACAGUGUGCGCACGGCCAUCCCGGAGCUGAUGCGCAACCGUGACCCGGACAAGGCCCGGACGCGGGAGAUUGUACGGCUCGGUGUUGGAUUGCCGCUUCCCCUAACCGACGGUCCGGAUGCGCCGCGUAUUAUGCUAAUCCGACCCGGUGUCUACAAUCCGAAACAGUACACGAUCGAGGAGGUGAUCAAAGUGAGCACCAUGAUCAACGACAUUCUGAUGCUGGAGGAUGACAAUAUGGUGAUCGCCGGUCAGGUUGGCAUUCUCGAUCUGGCUAACGUGACUAGUGCCCAUUUCCUGCAAUUCACACCGACGUUUGUGAAAAAAAUGACCAUGAUGAGCCAGGAAGGGUCGCCAUUGCGCCAGAAGGGUUUCCAUUACAUUAACACACCGACCGGAUUCGAGACAGUUUUCAACAUGUUCAAAUCGUUCAUGAGCGAAAAGAACCGAUCUAGGCUAUACGUACACGGAAGCAAUCUGGACAAGCUGUACCAACACAUACCGAAGCGUCUGUUACCGAAGGAGUAUGGUGGUGAGAGUAGCUCGCUGCAGGAAAUUACCGCCACCUGGGAGAAAAAGAUCCUCUCCUAUCGGGAGUAUUUCCUGGAGGAGGAUCAGUACGGGACGGACGAACGGAAACGCGUCGGAAAGGCUAAAACGGCCGAAUCACUGUUCGGAAUGGAGGGUUCUUUCCGCAAGCUGGAGGUGGAUUAACUUUUUGGUUUUGUUUUUUUUACAUAUACGGUGGAAUAUUUGAAAGAUAUUUUGUGUGGACAGGUAAA